CGUGUAAUGUGUGAAGAGGGAGAUAAGAACACACACUCCCUCACACACACUCUAACAAACAAUGGCGUCUCUCUUCAAACCGCCAUUACCAACCUCUUCUUCUUCUAUCUUCACCAACAAUCCAUCCUCACAUUCACAAUCUUUUUCACCUAAUUUCUUCCAACUCACACUUACACCUAAACACACAGUUCUUAUCCUACACACCUCCAAACACACACUCACUCUGUGUGCCGCUGCAAUCAAUCCGCCGCCACCGCCGGAGAAGAAUUCUCCGGACGGAAAUGUAUCGGUAGAAGUUUCUAGCGUCACCAGAGACCGUCGGAAAAUCGUUAGAGUCGCGUGGGAGAAGCUCGUCCGGUGGUCACGUUCGUUGCGGUCCAAAGCCAAAACCGAUGUUCUCGAACGCACGAAUAAAGUGGUAGUUCUUGGUGGUGGAUCUUUUGGGACGGCUAUGGCUUCCCAUGUUGCAGGUAGAAAGGCACAAAUGGAAGUAAAUAUGCUUGUACGUGAUCCUCUAAUUUGUCAAUCUAUUAACGAGAAACAUUUUAAUGGUAAAUAUUUUCCAGACCAUAAGCUACCAGAAAAUGUCAUUGCAACAACGGAUGCGAAAACUGCUUUGACUGGUGCAGACUUUUGCCUACAUGCUGUACCAGUACAGUUUAGUUCUUCUUUCCUGGAGGGUGUUGCCGAGCAUGUAGAGCCAGGGCUUCCUUUCAUUUCCCUUAGUAAAGGAUUAGAGUUAAAUACAUUGAGGAUGAUGUCUCAGAUAAUUCCACAAACUCUUAGAAAUUCUCGACAGCCAUUUGUUGCACUUUCCGGGCCUUCAUUUGCACUAGAGUUGAUGAACAAGUUACCUACGGCGAUGGUGGUUGCGUCAAAAGACAAAAAGUUGGCAAACUCAGUCCAACAACUCCUAGCUUCUAGAAACUUGAGAAUCAGCACAACAAGUGAUGUUACAGGGGUUGAGAUUGCUGGUGCACUGAAGAAUGUGCUUGCGAUAGCAGCAGGGAUUGUGGAAGGUUUGGAUCUUGGUAAUAAUUCCAUGGCAGCCCUUGUUGCACAAGGUUGUUCUGAGAUACGAUGGUUAUCAACAAAGAUGGGAGCCAAGUCCACAACAAUCUCCGGGUUAUCAGGAACAGGGGACAUAAUGCUUACAUGCUUUGUUAGCCUCUCGAGAAAUAGAACAGUUGGCGUCCGUUUGGGAUCUGGUGAAACACUUGACGAUAUACUCUGUUCUAUGAACCAGGUUGCUGAAGGAGUAUCAACAGCUGGAGCUGUGAUUGCAUUGGCACAAAAGUACAACGUUAAGAUGCCAGUUUUAACAGCAGUGGCACGAAUAAUAGACAAUGAGCUGACCCCUCAAAAGGCUGUUUAUGAGUUAAUGAAUCUCCCACAGGUGGAAGAAGUGUAAAUAUCCGAAGCUGAUACUCUCCUUUCAUCCGGUUAGCAAAUGCAGUGUUCUGUUGCUAUUUUGCCAUUGCUCCACCUUUGGUAAGAGCAAAGACAAGGAGAUUGAACAACCACACAAUUUUUAGUAAUUAAGAUACGGAAUGGUGUAUACCACAAAAUAUGCCAAAAAGCCAUUUUAUUUCUUGAAGAAAUUGUACAUAUACAUUUUUAGUUCUUUUAGAUGGUACCUGAGAAAGGUACAAAUGUCCAAUUUAUCAUUUGUGGUCCAUCAAAUCUCAAUUUUUAAACGGGUAGAAGCACCAGCAUUGAGAAUUUAGUUGCUUAAUAUUGGAUGUUUUUGUAUUUCA